UAAAGCACAACCAUACUGAAACACUCAGUGAAACCACACGUGGGUCUCUGUUCAGGGGGGAGAGCCAGCACUGCACAGGGACAGAGAGCCGGAGAAGGAGUGUGCAUGUGUGUUUGAGGAAGCAAGACGCUGAUUUCAGCUCAUGUAGAGAAGUGCUGAUGGGAUGUGAGUGAGUACAAACAGCAAGUUCAACCCUUCAGGAUCAAUUCUCCAAGUCUGACUGUGAAGAAGAACUCGAUUCAAAGGGUCUGUAGUGGCAUAGCAAUGUAAUACCAGAGCGCAACUGUACCAGAGGACUAUCCGGAGAGGGUUCCAAAGCUGAGAGCCUCAUGCAUUACGAACUCUAGAGUCUUGCAAGAAACAUUCAAGAUUACCGUGGAGAGGUUUGGAAGUCUCAGCACCUGCUGACAAUGUCUUUCGCGAUGGUGCGACCGGCUCCCAGCCGAUACCUGUACUCGGAGAUCUCAAUGAUGUCGGAGGACGAUGAAAACGGCAGCGAGAGCUCGGGCUCAGACGACCGCUCAUUUCGCUUGGAUGCCUCUGGGUAUGAAGUUAAAGUUGGAAGAAAGAGAAAACCUGGAGUAAGUGGUGGCGGACGGCUGAUUCCGACGCCACCCAAUUCCACCAACAUAAUUGGUCCGUUGCCAGAGGGACGUCAACGCAACGCAGCCAACGCACGGGAGCGGGACCGCACCAACAGCGUCAAUACAGCCUUCACCGCAUUGAGGACUCUCAUUCCCACAGAGCCCGCCGACCGGAAGCUGUCAAAGAUCGAGACCUUACGGUUGGCAUCCAGUUACAUAUCUCACCUGGGAAACGUUCUCCUGGUGGGUGAAGCUUGCGGGGACGGCCAGCCGUGCCACAGCGGAGGGCCCUCAACCUCAAACUACUACCACCACCACGGCUCACCCAGCAGGGACUCGGAGAACUCGCAGCCCAAACAGAUCUGCACGUUUUGCCUCAGCAACCAGAGGAAACUGAGCAAAGACAGAGAGAGGAAAUCAGCCCUGAGGAGUUAAGCCACAACGUGAAUGGAUUUACAAAACAUUAGCAUUACCAGUGUACAAAAACUGUUGACUGCAAUGCAAUGUUAUAGUGUAUAUAUGCAAAUAUCAAUUCAUAUUUAAUUAUUUGUAAAUCGCCUUUGGACUGGAGCAUUUUUAUUGGAGAAAAAAAAAAAAAAAAAAAAAAUGACUGGAAAAAGACCAGACUGCAGCAACUUGAUUACGCAAGAGCUGAACAUCCCGCCACAGACUUCAUCCAUUUCCACCUUUUCCAUGCUUUUACACACCAAGCUACACCAAAUGUUUAUCUUUGACCACAGGGAGUUGAGGUAAAGCUAUUCGCCAAAGACUAUCCAAAGAAGAGGACAGCAUUCACAAGGUUGCAAACAAUCAAAGAAGACACAGCAUACAGAGCCCAACUUUGCCAAGCAAAACAAUGACGGAACAUCCUGCUAUAUUAAAAAUCUCUAGAGGACUCUAAAGGACAUUAUCAAGGACAUUAAUGGAUGCAAAUGGACGUGUGACACGUUAUUUCUGACAAAAACACAAAAGACACUUAGCCUGACUAUGAAAACACAAUAAAUUCAAUAAAUGCAGUAUAUACUGUAUGUCUAAUAUGGCAAAUUACAUAUAUUCCUCAUUGUUUAAAUUAAAAAUUACUGAACAAA